AUGCUGCAGCGGAAGAAGGACCUUCUCGCAGUUGUCGGCGAUUACCGCAUCGGAGCUGUGGAGGAUCACCUCGAGCUCGUCAGAGACCCUUACAUGCGGCGGUACGCUCGACCAGAUGGCCCGAACCUGACGAUAUCGGACAAGAAGGAGGACUCGCAGUACCCAAGCUCUGAUCAAACGCUUCGAGGCGAUAGAAAGGUGGCCAAGGAUGCGAACACAUUACGCAUGAGCAUAAGCUUACGCUUGAGACACCCCGGCCACAUCGGCCUGAGGACUAUCUACCGCCAAUACAGCGCUUUGCCGACGCCGCGAAUGCUCUACCUGUCGGCAAAUUUACGGCACCGUUUGCUCAAGGUUCUAGGCACACCCAAGACGAAAAACUCGAAAUCAAUGCUCCGUUACUUCUCAGUCAUCGGCGACGUCAAAGAUUGCGGCCUAAGCUUGCAGCGUCGAGAGUGGAAUGCCGCCUUGGCACUUGCCAGUCAAUACGCACGAAGCAUCACCGACGCUGAGGCGGAAUCAGGAUUGCACCUUUGGAACGAGAUGGAGAAGAGCGGCGGACACUUGGGCAAUGGAGUGACCUUCAACAUUUUAUUCGACGCAGCGGCAAAGUCGGGCAAUUUUACCCUGGCCGAGCGCAUAUACAAGGAGAUGGAAUCGAGAGGAAUUGAGUUCAACCGGUACCACCACGUCAGCUUGAUUCACUUUUUCGGCCUGCGAGGCGACGUUGACGGUAUACGGGCCGCAUACAAAGAAAUGGUCGAGGCGGGGGAGAUGAUCGACACCGUCGUGCUCAAUUGUCUAAUUGCGAGCUUCUUCCGUGCAGGAGACGAAGACGCCGCCCUUCGAGUCUACGAUCACAUGAAGAAUAGUGGCUCCAAGGGCGCAACAAUUCCUUCCCCAGACUAUCACGCAAACAGGGUCGUUGCCCAAGUUCUCAUAAUGUUUGGUAAGGUCGGACAGCAGCAUCCUGCUAUGCGAUCGUCCUUUCAACAACUAGCAAGCACGACACCUGAUCUCCGCACAUAUCGCAUACUCAUACGACAUCAUGCCAUCAAGGGCAAUCUCAACCGCGUCGUUCAAUUCCUCGACGAGAUGAAGCGCUUCGAUGUUCCCUUGCACGGCGCCAUAUUUCUCCUUUUAUUCAAGGCAUUUGCGAACCACGGGGGCCACAGACAGUCCGCCUGGGCCAAGGACCGGCUUCAGAACCUCUUCUCAGCACUGCUGCAAGCGGUUGACAACGGUGUCAACAGUCUUUACAUAGACACGUGGCUUGCCGGCUGGGCUCUCAAAGCGUGCAUGCGAUGCGGUGACGAGAGUUUAGUCCUGAAUACAUACGUUGAGCUCAAGGCACGAUGGCAAUUGUCGCCGGAUCGGGAAGAGUACAUGGAGCAUUUCUUGCACCAGCUGCUAAACGACAGUCACACCGGGUGGUCAAAGAAGCUUGGCCACCGCAAGGCGCCUAACAAGCGGGUAUUGGCCGCGAUGUAA